UUCCGAUUUCGAUUUUUUUAUUUUUUAUUUUUUAAAUUUUCAAUGCCAUGGCCACUGUCGACCACCACCACCAUCACCACCUCCACGUGGACUCCAUCCCCGUCGUCGACCUCCGCCUCCUCUCCCAGUCCGAACUCUACUCCCUCUCCUCCUCUUCCUCCUCCUCCUCCUCCGCUUCUCACCGCUUCGACGACGACGUUUUGAUCCCCAAAAUCGACCGCUCCAUCUUCAACGAAUCCGCCGGCAGCCGCAAACAGACCUACUCCCGCCUCCGCCUCGCUCCUCGCUCCUCCUCCGCCGCAUCCUCCUCCAAUUCCAAAUCCAACCUCCCUCGUCACCUCCACUCCCAGCCGCUCGAUCGCGAGGGCCGCCAGAUUAUCUCUCUCCUCAAGCAGCUCUUCCCCUCCGAUAAUCACAACGACGACGUCGGCGACGAAGACGACGCCACUCCCCUGCCGCAUGUAUACAUCGCCGCCGCUGAGCCUUAUUCCCUCACCGCCUCCGCUGCUGCGGUUGCCGGCGUUGAUUCCUCGCUCGUGAAACGGAAGCGAGGCCGGCCGCGGAAGGAUUCAGUGGCCGUGAUUGUUAGACCGGAGGUCGUCGUGCCGGUUAACUCUGCCGGUGCCGGUGCUGGUGAGGCUAGGGACGGCAAUGCCGGUGUUCUGAUCGAGAAGCGUGGCGGUGAGGCUACGCCGGCUGGGACAUUUGUGCUGAACAGCCAAGGACAGCUUGUGCAGAGUGUUGAAGGGAAGAGGAAGCGAGGCCGGCCGAGGAAGGAUGAGGUCAGGGUUAAGGAUGAGUGCAGCGCCGCUCCGGUGGUGAUGAAGCCGAGAGUGAAGAAGGAGGUACAAGUGGAUGAUGGAGACAUGGUGCUGGUGAACCGAAACGACGUGGCGGUGGACUUGGAUGCAUUGGCCAAUGCUGACAAUGUGUUUGGGGAGGAGUUGAGGAGGAGGACAGAGGGGUUGGAGAGUGAGACGGAGCUGUUACAGUUUCUGGCUGGGUUGCAGGGGGACUGGUCAAGUGCUAGGAAGAAGAGGAAGAUUGUGCAGGCGAGUGACCUCGGUGACUUGUUGCCCAAGUGGUGGAAGAUCUUGCUGUCUCUCAAGAAAAAUGGAGGUCAUCAAUCGCUUAUGUGUAGGCGGUUCAUAAGCCCUAAUGGGUUGGAGUUUGUGACAUGCAAGGAAGUUGCUUCAUACUUGCACUCUUAUUUUGGACUUGGAAGCCAAUUAAAUCCUGUUCAUACCGAUGGGAAUAUUCAGGUUUCCAAUAAAAUGGUUUUGAGAGAUGGAAUGCAACAGGAUACUAAUUAUACCUCCGAAGAUGACAACAACUGUCAUGAGCUUCUUCGUUACUCCCCAAUACCAUUUGCUUCUAUGAACAGCUAUGUCAAAAGCAUUGAAACAUCUGGAGAAGUAAUGGGUAUGCGAAAAAAACUGAAUCCUGUAAAGAGUGGUCGUUUGGGGACAUCCUUGAAAAUUCCAGAACCAGUUGAAAUGGACGGGGAACAAACUUCUGAUAUGAUAGCGAACUAUGAUUUGAGUUCUGGUUUCUCUCUGGAUAAGGUAAAUGAUAUCAUGGCAAAAUAUUUUGGCACAUCAAAUGAUGAAUCAAAUUCAAUAUCCUGUGAGGAGCAAGCCGUGAAGACUGACAAAACAAUUAGCUUUUCUGAUGGAUUAAAUGAUGGUCUCAGGGUUGCCAUCAGCUCAGUCGAUGUGCCCAAUGUGGAGAUAGAGAGUGCUUCAAAUGACAUGGGAAAAGAACAUGGUGCUGACAAUAUUGAAAAUCACCAAUCAACUAGCAAUGUAGAUGAUAUGAAAAUUGAUGAUGUGGAUAAUUGUAGGAAUGGCAGGUCAAUAUCUGGUGUUAGUGAGAGUCACAUUGGACCUGAGACUGCAUAUAGUAAUAUUGACCAACAAAGUAAUUCAGAACCCUGCUCGCUUGUUCCUUCAAUCAUGAUGGAGUCUCUUCAUGAAGGAGGUUCUAACAGUGGUCUAUUUAGUACAGCCACUGAUGAGAAAGCUGUAGAUAACUUCAAUAAUGAUUCAUUCCCCACAUUUUAUGAUCCCAGAUUUGAUGAUAUUGGCCUAUCUGGGAGUAAUGAGAAGACGUUUUGUUUGGGUGGCGAUCAGGCUAUGCCAGAUGUAGAUUCCACGGAUAUCAGUGAGCGAAUUCAAAGUAUCAGAAGCUGUUCGCUUGUUCCACCUUUGAAUGGACAAAGCUGUAUUAAAAAUGCAAGAAAUCCCACUUGCACAGUCGAAGAACUCUGGAAGGAAAAAAGUUUAGCAAGCAAUGCAUUUAAUUCAUUUGUUAAUAAGCAGACUCCGGGUAAUAUAAACAAGGGUGGUAUAUAUAAAGCAGAAGGGCAUAAAGUUGAUCAUGCCAAAAGUUAUGACAACAGUGAAUUAAGUGUUAAUUUUUGUAGCAGGGCCACUGGAACUCAUGCAGAUACCACCCCAUAUAUUGACCAGGAAAGAUGCUCUAAGGGGUAUUCACUUGCUUCAUAUGCAAACGAGCAUGCAUCUGUUUCAGAAAAUAGUAUUGUUUGCAGUAGCAUUUUGGAAGAUCUUCAGCCUGAUAGAGGUACUUCUGAAACUGAUUUGGUUUGCCCAUUGGGCUAUCGACAAGGAUAUGAUGUGGUAAAUCAUGCAAAGAGCACAUCCUUAAGACCAAUUGAAGUUUUAACAGAGGAAGUUAAAAGAUCUUGCAAUCACGAGAUGCUGCAUACUUUUGGCAGCAGUUGCAGUGGAGAAGAAGAGAAUGCUAUGAGUAGCACUGUGACUGGAAUAAAUUCUCAAGGAGCCUCCCUUGUUCUUUUGGAGGAUAACCAAUCAUUUGCAACUGGCUCUGACAUAUUUAGUAGCUCAGUAUUGGACAAUAAGCUGAUAAGAGUUCCUGUUACUGGCUUGGCAGACUCAAGUGGUAGUGAGCAAACCCCUGAUUGUGUGAAUAAUCCUGUUCAUUUAUGUAGCACCACAGUGUGGAAGCAGCCUAAAUCCAAGGGUGUAGAACAUUCCAGGAACAAUGAGUGCAUCAAUGGUUUUUUAGAUUAUUCACAACCUACGUCUGAUUCCAUGUCCAAUCUUAUGUGGAGAAAUGGUGAGCCAAACCUCCAGCAGAGCGGAUUGGCUGAUACAUCUUCUGGACUUAUGCAAUCAUCUAGCACUUAUCCAAACUUUGAUAUGCUAUCAGGCAAGGGUGCGAAUGGAGCUUUAAGCGUAAGUGAAAAGUUUGUCGACACUCCAUAUUUGGAAGGAUUAAAGUCGAGUACAAUAGAGCAGUUUGAUCAUUUUCUGACUGCUCAAGCAACCUCUCAAUCAAAGGAAUUAAAUGUGUUGUCAUGUGAUGAGAGUAUAGAACAAGGUUUUAUUUCAUCUUGUUGGCCGGAGAAGGAAGCAAUGCCUUUGGUGUCAAAUGUAGAAAGCAGGCGUGAGUUUAGUAGCUGUGUCUGGUGCAGAAAUGAGUGUUACGAUGAUGCUUAUGGAUCCGGAAUGCAAUCUGGCUCAGUGGGUUUUAUGUGUGCAAACUGCCAGGGCAAGUUCUCAGGUCAUGUCAGUUUUCUGUAGUUGUCCAUUUUCACUCCAUGACUUUGAGGCUUUGCCUAUCAUCUGAGCAAUAUCGUUGAUAUGAGGUAUCGAUGAAACUCUUUGGAGGACUGUUUCACAGUGUCUGUGGAAGAGAUUGGUUCUGGUAUGGCGCUCUGCGUCAUAUCUUGUCAGAGGUCACUUGCUGCUACAUAUACUUUUUUCUUCUUCAUUUGCUUUAGGUCUAAUUGCUUAUUUGAUAAUUUUCAUUGGUUAGGCCUUUCUUUUUUCUUUCUCUGGAGGAUCCUUUUUUUUUUAUUAUCCUCACAAGAAAGAAACUCAUUUUCCAGUUAGGUUUAUGGGCUAACUUGUGCAUAGCAACUUGCAAAACAUUUUCAUUAUUUGAUAUAGACUUUACGUAAUGAAUACAUACUGCCCAAUUUUGUUGUAUGCUGGCUUUUUUGUUUUUGUCGCAAGUUCAUGGUCUUGUGAGAAUAUGACUAUUGUCUUGAGGGUUCUCGAGCUCUAUCUCCUAGAAAACAGUAGGUAAGAUGCUCAGGGUUUUCAAGAGAUGAUUAUCUUUUCCUAUCCUGUUCUGUUUGCACGAGCCCAAUUUUAUGAGAGUUUGGCCCGUAUUGGCAUUCUUUUCAACUCCCACGUGAGCAGUGGGGGAUAUGAGUUAGUAGUAUUUGAAUAAUUCUAACUAAAUCCUAACUAACCAGUCAG